GAAAGAGGAGCCCUCCCCCCUUCCUGCAAGAGGCGUGCUUAUUGCGUGGCACAGCAGCUCCGAGACGACAGGGAGGGACUUGUGCAAAGCAGAGCUACAUCCCAUCCGCCUCUCCAAAAAGCUUGAUUUUUUUUUUUUUGCAGGAUCCGCUGCAGAGAGCCCUUCCGAAGAUGCCCCUCGGACGUCUCCUUCUACCACUUCUACUGCUCCUGAUGAAUGAGGGAAGUUAUGGGUCCAAACAGCAGCAAGAUAAUUUAUUGGUUCUAACUGUGGCCACCAAGGAGACAGAAGGAUUCAGGCGGUUCCAGAGAUCAGCUCGGUUCUUCAAUUACAAAAUCCAGGUCCUUGGACUAAACGAAGAAUGGCAUGGUGGAGAUGACAAGAAGACAGCAGGAGGCGGGCAGAAGAUCCGUCUCUUGAAAUCAGCUUUGGAAGGCUAUGCAGACCAAGAGGAUUUGGUCAUUCUCUUCACAGAAAGUUAUGACGUUAUCUUUGCAUCGGGCCCUGCGGAACUGUUAAAGAAGUUCAGACAGGCUAAGUCCAAAGUUGUCUUCUCAUCAGAGACUCUCAUCUACCCUGACCGGAAACUGGAAGCCAAAUACCCACAAGUCCGAGAUGGGAAACGGUUCCUGGGUUCUGGAGGGUUCAUUGGCUACGCUCCGUAUCUCAGCAAACUCGUGGCAGAUUGGCAGGGGCAAGACAGUGACAGCGAUCAGCUCUUUUAUACCAGCGUCUUCUUGGAUCCAGAAAAGCGGGGAAACGUCAAUAUCUCUUUAGAUCACAGGUGUCGGAUCUUCCAAAAUCUGAAUGGUGCUCUAGAUGAGGUGGUGCUGAAGUUUGAACACGGUCGAGUGAGAGCACGAAACCUGGCAUUUGACACCCUUCCAGUUGUGAUUCACGGCAACGGCCCCACCAAGUUGCAGUUAAAUUACUUGGGAAACUACAUCCCGCAGAUAUGGACCUUUGAGACAGGUUGCACAGUUUGCAGCGAAGGCCUGAUGAGUCUCUCCACCCUCAAAGAAGAUGUGCUGCCGCUGGUCCUGAUCGGCAUCUUCAUUGAGCAGCCGACCCCCUUCCUCACCCCCUUCUUCCAAAGGCUUCAGAAGCUCAACUACCCAAAGAGACGGAUCCAGCUGUUUAUCCACAACCACGAAGAGCAUCAUCUCUCCCAGGUGGAUGACUUUGUGGAGGAGCACGGAGAAGAAUAUCGCUCCAUCAAAGUGAUCAGGCCAGAGGAUCGUGUGGAGAACGCUGACGCUCGGAACAUGGGCAUAGACAUGUGUAGGCAGGACCCUGUUUGCGAAUAUUACUUCAGCAUCGACGCGGAGACGGUGGUAAAGAACGUGGACAUUCUGCGCAUCCUGAUAGAGCAGAACAAGUUUGUGAUCGCCCCACUCGUCACCCGCCUGGGGAAGCUGUGGUCCAAUUUCUGGGGCGCCUUGAGUGCUGAUGGCUACUAUGCUCGCUCGGAGGACUACAUCGAUAUCGUUCAGGGACGGAGAGUCGGGCUCUGGAACGUCCCGUACAUUUCUAGCAUCUACCUGAUCAAAAGCAGCAUCCUCAGAUCUCAGCUCACUCAGGUUGACCUUUUCCAUGUCGGGAAGUUAGAUGCGGACAUGGCUUUCUGCCACAACAUCCGGGAGCAGGGCAUCUUCCUCUUUGUGAUGAAUCAGCAACACUUUGGGCACAUCCUCUCCUUGGAGAAUUACCAAACUGCUCAUCUCCACAACGAUCUUUGGCAGAUCUUUAGCAACCCAGAGGACUGGAAGGAAAAAUACAUCCAUGAAAACUACACCGCAGCUUUAAAAGGCAAGGGGGUAGAAACGCCCUGCCCAGAUGUGUACUGGUUUCCUCUGUUCACCGACACCGCUUGCGACGAACUGGUAGAAGAGAUGGAGAAUUUUGGCCAGUGGUCCAAGGGAGACAACUCAGACAACAGGAUCCUGGGAGGGUAUGAGAACGUGCCAACCAUCGACAUCCACAUGAAUCAGAUCAACUUUGAGCGGGAGUGGUACAAAUUCCUCCUGGAUUACAUCGCGCCCAUCACAGAGAAGCUGUACCCCGGGUACUACACCAAAACCCAGUUUGAGCUGGCUUUUGUGGUUCGCUAUAAACCUGAUGAGCAGCCGUCACUGAUGCCGCACCAUGACGCGUCCACUUUCACCAUCAACGUUGCCCUGAACCAUGUAGGGAUUGACUACGAAGGUGGAGGCUGCCACUUCCUGCGCUACAACUGUUCCAUCAGAGCCCCCCGGAAAGGGUGGACCCUCAUGCACCCAGGCCGCCUGACCCAUUACCAUGAAGGCCUCCCCACCACCAAAGGGACUCGUUACAUUGCUGUGUCCUUUCUCGAUCCGUAGACCUGCGUCUUCCAAAAGAAGAAAGACAGGGAUAUCUUACCAGCUUUUGCACCAAAAAAAUAAAAAAUACACCUCCUGAAAACUUCCCAAACAGAUUUGCUGGAUGCAGAUAUGUGACACGAUCCCUUCUGCAAACACACACGGCUACUCUGCAUUGGACAGCUUCAUCUUCCUGUUUCUCAUUCCUGUUUUUCACUUGGAUUUCUGCCCAGCCGCAGGGAGGGGGGCGUCUUGGUUUGAAAACUCUGCUAUUGUUUUGAAGAGGGAGAGACCCAUGGACCACCGCCUCCAUCUUGGUUUCCUCCAGCCUGCAAAGAAAAACUCGUUUCUGUUGGAUGAGCUUGAAGUCACGGCACGUUAGAGAGCUGUGAAGGCUUGCAAAACCCUUCGGUGCUGUGCCAUGUAGGUGCUAUUUUUAGCGAAUGCUUUUUUCUCCUCCCCAAGUGAAUCUGAAUGCUUGUGAAUCCUUUGUGGCUAAAUAAAGGGAUUCCCUCCAGUCAGCUAUGCCAAAGCAAAUGCACAGAGGACGCCACUCCGUUAGAAACAACUCCCAAAGUUGGAAGCGUUCCACAAUCCACACAUCUCUCCCCAGCAGGAUACGUGAACUCUCCCUUCGAGCGGAGUCUACCCAACGUUCUGCAGGGGAGAUGCCAGCCCCAAGGGGGGCAUUUUGCAACCCAGCCUGCCCUCCUCUGGCCAGCAAUGUUCUGCUGCGGGACCCCACUUUACCUGGCAUGAGAGGAGGGCACAGGAGAAGCUGAAAUGCCUUCAUCUGCUUCUGCGCCUGUCGCCCCUGAAACCUCGGAGCUGGGUGUGGCAGCCAGUGGGUUAUCCCAAGCAGCCAUUGGAAUACCAGCUCAAGCCAGACUCAGUCUCAGAAAUUCUCCCUUUAGAGUGCCUCUGAGCUUCUGAAGAGCGCCCCUGCCUUUGAAUGGAGCAAAAGUGUUGUUUUCUUCAGAACACUCAAACGGAUCCUAGACCAAAACACUUCUGAUCAUGAGCAGCGUGCUUUUGCCUUCUGCCUGGACACAGCUUUUUACACCGCACAGUGUGAGGGUAUAGUCCCUUUGAGCAUGUGCCAAGUGCCCUUGCUUCCGCAGGGUCCCGUCUUCUUUCUUCUAACUCACGCAAAUAAGAAUACUUGACAACCACACUAUUAUUUUGGCCUUACAGUCUCUUUUGCUGGCAGCAGCUGGGCGGGAGGAGAAGAGUCUGGCCGGACCAUUGCAAUUCUGUGAAGAACAGACUAGCUGGUGCUUCAGUUACGUGCGCAUCUGUUCCCCCCCCUUCGGUGCCAUGUCCAAAGCUGCCCCAAUCCAACGCUUGUGAGAAGCUUUCCGAGAGCUGUACAUUAUUUAUUCAAUAGAAUCAACCUUCUUUUAGAUGUUUUAAAAAUCAUGUAGGGGGUUUAGGUGUACAGAUUUUUCAACUGGAGAUUUUUACAUUAAAACGUUUACAAAAACAA